AUGGAUUUUGGCUACCACACACAGUGCUCCUACUUUGAAAACUCGCAUGAACUGGGCCAAAGCAGUGCAGUGUUGGUGCUAGGGUAUUGUGGUAUGAUCUAAGCCAUGCCAGAGUGCUCUAUUAAACUAUUAAACUAGUGAGCAUGAGCCUCCAGUUGUUGACUAUUACUUCCUUCUUUAAAAAAUUAAAAAAAAUUGCAUCACAAAUUGUUUAUGUCCAAACACAAAAGUAAUAUAUUAUUGAAUGUGCAAAUCCCAUACCCUUCUUUGCUUAUAAUUUUUUGUAGGUUUUGUUCAAGUUGCAGCUAAGUGGUGCAUGUCAAGUGAUUAAGCUGGAAAGGGCUUUGGCCCACUUGUCCAUGUCCCAGAAUGCUUUCCUAAACAUGUGCAUAACUGCAGGUUGCGACUACCUUCCAAAUGUAGGGGGUAUUGGGAUUCACACAGCCCAAAAGCUUGUGAUAGAGAAAGAAGAUUUCUUGGCAACUCUACAGGGUAACAAAUAUGCCCCAAUCAAUUACAGUGUUGGAUUUCAAAAAGCCAAAGCCGUUUUUCUGCAUCAGACAGUGAUCAACCCUGCUGAUGUGUCGACCAUCCCAUUAUCUCCAUGGGAAGAAGCUCCAGAUGCAGAAUUCCUAAAUUCAUGUGGGAUGUAUCCAAUUUUAAUACUUAGUCCAUUGAGUUUAUGUCUCCCUUCUAACAACUCAUAGUGCUAAAAUUUGCUAAAAUUUUCACCUAAAUGCUGAUGAAGCCACAAUAGUGGAUUGUGUAACUAUGAACUGGGACACACUUUGACUGUGAUGGGUAUGUGAUAUAAGGGGUCACUGCUUAAAAUACCCUGAACUGUACUAACUGUACUAAAAUGUACUAACUUUCCAUUUGCACAUCUCCCAUUAUACACCUUGUUUGGCCCCAACAUUUUGUAUAAGUGUUGUAGUUAAUUUUUUAUGUCAGGUAAUUUUUAUUUUUCUUUUGCUUCAACUUCAUUAGCAUAUAUUACCAUACUCAAAAACAAAAGAAAAAUAAAAAUUACCUGAAAUAAAAAAUUAACUACAACAUAUUUAUUAUUCGAAAGUUGACCCGUUGGUAGUUGUAGAUUUCAGAUUCAUCUCUGUGUGCAUUCUUGCAUGCGUAAUGAGCCGAGAAUUCACGCGCGAUUCAGUUACGAAAUUUCUACGCAGAGAAGUUCUCUUAAAAUAUUCACUGCUCAUUAAGCAUAGAGGAAUGCCGAUUUAAAUUUGACACCAGUUACGGGAACGACUAACGGAUUCAUUUUUUAAAAUAAUCAAUUCACUAAUAGAAUCUUUUUGGGGUACGCUUGACCUGCCUUGGCUGUUAACGUUGGAUUUUGUAUGCCUUCUAUUUUAUUUACAAUACUGA